GACUCCAGGAGCGAAGAGGCCAUAGCAAGAAACUCCAGACCAGAGAUAUUAGCUAGCAAGCUAACAUUAAUUACUGUGAAGAAGGCCCGAGAAUGUUCCCAUCAAAUGGUUGGCCACAAAGACUAACUAACUAGCUGUUGUUCACCACCAUGGAUCCAUUUGUUCCUUCUGGGCGCCUUUAGUAUUAGAUGACGGUUCCUUCUAAUUUAUUGUCCAAACCGGUAUGUCGGAUAAGGAUUCGUGUGUCAGCACCAGCUCUUCGUCUUCCUCCUCCAAUCAAAACAAACCGAAGGACACACCUUGCAAGAAACGGGAGAGCAAAGCCAGUAUGAGCAAGACCUCCAAGCUGCUAUCCACCAGCGCAAAGAGGAUUCAGAAAGAGCUGGCAGAUAUCACGCUGGACCCUCCGCCAAACUGCAGCGCUGGUCCAAAAGGAGACAACAUUUACGAGUGGAGGUCAACCAUCCUGGGACCACCGGGCUCUGUUUACGAGGGAGGGGUCUUUUUCCUCGACAUCGCCUUCACACCCGACUACCCCUUCAAACCACCCAAGGUAACGUUUCGGACGAGGAUCUACCACUGUAACAUCAACAGUCAGGGGGUGAUCUGUCUGGACAUCCUGAAGGACAACUGGAGCCCCGCCCUCACCAUCUCCAAGGUGCUGCUGUCCAUCUGCUCUCUGCUCACAGACUGUAACCCAGCUGAUCCCCUGGUUGGAAGCAUCGCCACCCAGUACACGACAAACAGAGCCGAGCAUGAUAGAACAGCCAAACAGUGGACGAAGCGGUACGCCACAUAGGCCCAUAGAGCACAGCCGUGUGGGGGGGAUUUCUAUUUCAGAUUUUUAGUACUUUAUUGUCUGGUAUAUUUUUUGGGUUCCUGAUUAAGUUAUCUGUGCAAAUAUGAAAAUAAAGAGAAACAAUGAAACAAUA